AUCAGUGUGACAAACAGCCGGCCGGGGGGGUCGGGUGUCCCUCCCACCCCUCAGCCUAUAAAGGCUGAGGGGUUUCUGACACCGGCAGAUUGAAAUAAACCCCGCAGGAAGAGACACAGACAGACUUACGGAGAGAGUAAAGGACCAGAAGAAGAAGAAGAAGAACAUGGACAUCCAGACGGGUCAGGUGGUGCGUCCUCUCAGCGCCAUGGAGAGUCUAGAGAAGCAGCUCAGCUGUCCGAUCUGCCUCGAAAUGUUCACCAAACCGGUGGUGAUCCUGCCCUGCCAGCACAACCUGUGCCGCGGCUGCGCCAACGACCUCUACGAGUCCAGGAACCCCUACCACUACUCUGGGGGGACCUUCCGCUGCCCCACCUGCCGCUUCGAGGUGGUUCUGGACCGGCACGGCGUCUACGGGCUGCAGAGGAACCUGCUGGUGGAGAACAUCAUCGACAUGUACAAGCAGCAGCAGGAGAGCCGGGGGGGCCACGGCGAGGACCCCCCCCUGAAGGACAAAGACACCAAAGAGCCGAAGUGUAAGGAGCACGAAGACGAACACAUCAACAUCUACUGCGUCAGCUGCCAGACCCCCACCUGCUCCAUGUGCAAGGUGUUCGGGCAGCACAAAGACUGCGAGGUGUCGCCGCUGCACGCCGUCUACCAGAGCCAGAAGAACGAGUUGCGCUCGGCCGUCGAGCUGCUGGCCGCAGGAAACAGCUGCGUCCAGGCCGUCAUGGCGCAGAUGGACGACACGUGUAAGCUGAUCCAGGAGAACGGAGAGCUGAAGAAGAGGCGGCUGGGCGAGAGCUUCGACCUGCUGUACGCCAUCCUGGAGGAGCGUAAAGGCCAGCUGCUGGAGCAGAUCGGCCAGGUGGAGCAGCAGAAAGUGUCCACGCUCAGAAAGCUGGCAGACCAGUACAAGCAGCAGCUGCAGCUCAGCGUCCAGCUGCAAGAGAAGCUGUCGCAGAACCUGCAGUCCUGCAGCGCCGCGGAGUUCCUGCUCAGCGCCAAGCAGCUGCAGGAGGAGGCCCAGCAGGCGGCCAGGGCGGCCCAGCUGCAGAGGCCCGAGCCGGGCUACGAGAGCAUGGAGCACCUGACCCUGGACACCCAGGAGGCCGAGGCGCUGCUCGCUCGCAUGGACUUCAGACAUGGGGGCGAGGAGGAAGACCAGGAAGCUGACAGAGAGUAACAACAGCGAGAAAAUACUUUGAUUGGAUUGUUUCGUGAUGGAGGAAGCCCAGGAGGCCGACAGAGAGCAACAACAGUAAGAGAAGACCUCAGUGCUGCUUUUUCAAAAACUUCAGGUACAGGAAACGGAGACGUGCAAUCUUUUAGGAAAGUUUUUUACUCGUACAAAAUGAAACAUUUUGUAUUUGACUUUUUAUACUUUUCUAUUUCUGAAUGUUUUUCUCACUCGUCAUUCAAGUCUGGACAAAGUCUAGAAAGAGUUUAUUUAUUGUGUUCAGGACGUGUUUGUGUCUUUGUGAAACUGAAAACUUGAUUUCAGACUCUGCUGUAACUUGUGAAAGUGUGAAUAAAGUUUUAUUUGAUUGUUA